AUGUUCAACACCUUUGUUGGCAUUAAUCACAACCAGCCAACAAAGGACGCCCCCGAGCGUCGAAGGGCUAUUGCUGCGAAAGCCUGUGUGGAAUGCCGCAGACGAAAGACAAAAUGUAUUGGAACGAAACCGUGCACCGGAUGUCUGGCUUGCAAUGCCGAAUGUGUUUUUCCUGAAGCUCGCCGGCGGGGCAGAAAAAGCCAAAAGACAUUAGCAAACAACGCCACCAAAGAUGACUGUGAGGCACUGGUCAAGACGUUGUUUCCGCAUAGUCCGAUUGAGUCCCUGAGAGGUCUUUCUCGCGCAACUCUACUGGAACGAGCCAGGACGGAAGCCGACUAUUCUCCCGAGACAAGCCACCAAAGCUCAUCCGCUACGUCUCCCGAUAUGACAACCCCGAACAACCCACGAUCAGUCCCGGACUUGGAAGCAAAUGAGCGUCUCUACAAGCUUCAAUGCCAGGAUUCGACCGUUUUUGAGUGGGACGAGACUUCAACAGAGACCCGCCACGCAGUAGAGGACGACGUGAAUGCGCUUUCAUUAUCGCAGGAGCGAAAGUCUUCCUUUGUCGGAAUAUCAUCCGUUGCUGCUGCUGUCAGAGCGCUUAAUAUCGUAUUGCCAGCCCCGAUCAUGGAGGAAAAGCCCAUAAUACCCAAGAUGCCUUCAAUGCAUGAACUGCCCAACCAACCACCCAUCAUCUCAUCAUCGACCCCAAACCGGAUAUCUUCGUAUCGCGAAGAGCAACGACUGAUCGAUGCCUACUUUGCUGGGAUCCAUGUAUUUGCUCCGAUCAUUCACGAGCCCAGCUUUCGCAACAAAUACCUGACAAGUCAGAGCAGCCUCGAGCGAUCCUGGCUUGCACUUCUCAACAUGGUCCUCGCCUUAGGGAGCGUCACCUCCUCCGCAGGAGACUCAACAGAAGACCUCCAAUACUAUAACCUGGCCAAGCAGUAUCUCUCACUGGAUAGUUUUGGUAGUGGACGACUGGAAACAUUGCAGGCGCUGGUGCUCAUGGGCGGGCAGUACUUGCAUUUCCGGAAUCAACCGAACAUGGCAUCUGCUAUUAUUGGUGCUUGCUAUCGCAUUGCGAGUGGGCUCGGACUGCAUCUCAAAGGAUCCGAAGACUAUCAAGGACGAAUCAGUCUUCAAGAAGAGGUCAAGCGAAGGAAUUGGUGGACUAUUUACGUUCUUGACACGUGGGGUUCUAUGACACUCGGAAGGCCCUCGGCCGCACUUGGGACAUUGAUCGACACCCCGAAAAAUGUGCUGGAUGAACAGCGUGGCGAAGUUCCACCGACAGAACCAACGAUCCACGCCCCUUUGAUCCACAACAUCCAUCUAUGCGGAAUUAUCAACCGCAUUCAAGAUCGACUCAUCGUAAAUCCUAUCCUCGGGUAUGAUGAACUACAGUCCUUCGAUGAAAUGCUUGUUUCUUGGUUCCAACGUUUACCACCGUUCCUGCGAUCCGGCGACUCCAGCGCACCCGAACUACAAGAUGCGCGUCUGGUUCUCAAAUGGAGAUACCAAAACACUCGAUUCCUUCUACACCGUCCAAUCCUCCUCGACACGGUCAUCAGGCGGGCGCCACUUGAAUCUCUCUCUACAACCGACCAGAUCAUUGUUUCGAAAUGCCGAGACAUUGCGGCAGAUUCGAUAUUCAGCAUUCAAGCCGAAUGGCGCCCAACCAAGAUUUGCUGCUGGAAUGCAGUAUGGUUCUUGUUCCAAGCAUGCUUGAUUCCUUUGAUGGCUCUGAUGGUAGAGCCUACCGAUCACUGCGAAUACCAAAGCUGGUGUAAUCAAGUCCAAAUCGGAAUCUCGGCCUGCGAGGACAUGGCACAACUGAGCCCCGUUGGGCCCAAGACGAAGGCUUUUCUUGAACGACUGCUUCUCGCAGUCACCAAUGCUUCGUCUGCAAUCUCCCAAUACCCGAUCUCUACGAUUCCACAACCUCACAUGGAUACGAUAAUGGGGCUUUUGGAGAAUAAUUGGGAUUACUUUAGCGAAAACGAUGCACUCGCCCAGUUUGACUACAGCGGUCUAUCAUAUCUGGAUGACCAGUUUCUACCGCAACACUACAGGCCAUUUGCUUAA